CGGAAGGUGUACAAAAUUUUUGCGUGCGCGCCGCUUUCGUGUCUGUUUAUGUUUCAAAUCUGAAAAUUUGAAAGUCCCCAAAAUUGAAAAUAGCAUAGAAUCAAUGUUUUUCCUCUAGCAGCCACUUGGUCAAGUAUAAUUUACAGAAGUUGUGAAAAAACCGUUGUUGAAAAAUAAAGUAAAAUAUUAAACGAAAUUCGAUGUCAUAGUGUUAAGUAAAUCUUCGUUCAUGAGAGAAACGAGUUACAAUGCCGCCUCUUUGCAUUUCUGGCGUUGCAUUUAGUGGAGACAACAACCCAUCUCAGUAGUCCGUCCAGACAGCCUUGAAACUGCUGCUGUUCGUUUACAAAAGAAAUAGAAAUCAUAAAACAAAAGUAGAAAAGUGUCCAUAUAAUAAAAAAAAAAUAAAAAAGAAGCACUUGAGAAAAAAGUAAAACAAUACCCUUUCAGCUGAAUGACGGUUGACUGACAGGUAGACUCAUUUACUGCAUGCGACGCCAACAACCACUGCCAGCAGCAUAACAAUGCAACAGCGGACUAUAUAUAUGAUCGAAACCUUGUCGCUGUGAAAUGGAUCUGUCGGAUGCACAUGACAAUUUUUUAUGAAUUUCAGUCCUAGUGUUUGUUGUUUGCUUUUUUUCUUCUUCUUCUUCUUCGGGACAAUUUCUCAACAACAUCAACAUCAGAAGCAGCAACAGUAGCAGUCAGCAACAAUAAAAAGACCGACACAUAUUUCAUGUUUUUCGCCUUAGAUUUUGCAUUGCGUCGCUCUAAUGAAAAACAGUGAAAAUGAAACUUUUCUUGGGCCAAGUGAUUGUGUGGCUGGCUGGCUGGCGUUCUUGUAACGUUUCAAAUCAACAAAAAAACUGAAAGCAGCCCCACAAUUUCUUGCCUUUCGGAUGAAAUUAGACAUGAUGGCAUUGAGGAUACCAGCUCAGCAAGUACACUGCAAAUCUCCCUCUGUCUCCUUAGUUCCGAUUUGUAUUUCCGUCAUUGAAAGUGUUUAAAGUUUUCGGUGGUAUUAUUUUUUUUUUUACUCAGAUGCUUUAUUUUAUUAAACAUUUAUUUGAGUGGUUCUCUUUUAGUGAUUAAUUCAUGAUUUUUAUUAAUUUCUCAAUAUUUAACAAUUUUUAAUAAAACUAUGCCUUUAAUAAAAUUAGCUGUGUUAAGUGCUGCACGACCAUUUCAUUAAGCGCAGAGUUGAUAAAAUAGACAAGAAUUUCUACUAUUUUAUUACAUACAAAAUCGCCUAUCGUAUCAACAACAUGCAUUAAGGGGUAAUUGUAAAGAUUGGUUACCUCACUUAACAUAUGAUAGAUUUUGAUCAUUUCAAAGAACCACAAAAGACUCCACGGAAAUCACCAGGCUACAUUCUCGCAGACAGGCAGCACAGCAACGAGUUCUUUGUGUGAUGCGUUGUUUUUUCGCGUCUUUUGCCUUCAAGCGUUUUCAUUACAGAAUAUUACGAAAUAUUUAAUGCGCCGUUAUUCAAACAAAUGCUAAAGAAAUACAAACAAAACAAAAAUUGAGAAAAGAAAACAGAAGAAAAAAAAAAACAAGCCAAGCUUCAAGGUGUUAAUUUAACAUUUUCUUCACAAGUGCCUGGGAGCGUUAGUGGCCGCGAGAGUGUGCGUGUGCAACAUUAAACGCUGCCACUUCUUCUUUUGUCGCCAGCCAAAUUUAAAAAUGAAAGCGAAAUUUCGUUGUCAUCUCAUUUGUAAGCACAGAUUUUGUACAAAAUAAGCAGCAGAAGUUUCCCUUUUUAUACUGAAAAGGGACAGUCGCAAAGAAUAUUACGAUCACUCUUCUACAUUGAGCUGAGAUUCAAACCGAAUGCAGUAUUUCAACUACGCCAUACAGACAUCCUCUCGUUUCCUAACCUCUACAGUUGUCGGCAACCAAAACCCCCAAAAUCGCACACCCAUACCCUCACCCGCUCAAGCAGGCUCUUCAGUCGUCAAUCACGAUAGGACGGAGGUAGACGCAGUGAACGGCAAUAGAGUGAAUAUCAGCGAAAAUAACACAAAGGAUCCGGACUUUUCGCCCUGCCAAGUGGUGACAUCUGGAGCGACCAGUGCUAGUGAGCCCGAUAUUGCACAAACUCCAUGAAAUUUACUUCCAUUUAAUGUUAACUUUGCGCGUAACAAACUGUUAUCAUUCUUUACUCGCGACAUGGCCGCCACUGAUGGCCAAAUAGUAUUGGCCGCCUCCCGUUUCGGGGACACAGCAACAUCGCCACCCGUCUAUUUGAGGGAUUUUUCCAAGCAGAAAUUACCGGCCGUAGCUAAGAUUGUCAAGGGGCAACACCAAAAUCUUGGAGUGCCCACUCUUUCGGCUCCUUCGCUGCAGAGUACGGCCUUAUUUCUCAGCUCAGGCAAGAAGUAUCAAAUUCUGGCACAGCCCAUCAAGUUGAAGGAGGGUCGUAAACCAACCAAUGUUGGUGCUAAAGUUCUCAUACCCGAAACCUAUCCGGGUUUCUUCGAACUGCUCAGUGAGGAUGGCCGUUCGACACGCUGCAUUGAAUCGGUCUUGGAGCUGUCGAAGCGGCGCAACUGCCGUGUCUUGGUGCGUGAAACCUUUCGUUGCCCCCAAAUGAGUCGAACCAUUCAUGCUGGUGAGCUGCUGACCACCAUGAAUGACAAUGGCAAAGUGUUGCAGUGUAAGAAUAUCAAGGAUGAGAUCAUCAAUUUGCCACUCGAUACCAAAGCGAAAUUUUCACCCAUAGCAAAGGAGGAUAGUAUAAGUGGGGUUCACACUGUGAAGAAUCUGCUACUCAAGAGGAUGCCGGUAGUAGUAAGAUUAGUUCAUGGCAGCGUACCGAAGGGCUUGAAACAACCUUUCGUGGCGGAAAUGCGUCUAUUGGGCUGUGUUGAAAUCGAUCGCAUUUUUGCUUUACCCUUGCAAAAGGACAAUGAUCUGGUGCCAGUUCCCCUCAAUGCAAAAAUAAAACUGCAGCGAGCCAAAAACAUGGAUCAGUUGGAACAUUUCAUCGAGUACACGCGAUUCCUGGACAAGGCUCAACGAUUGCUCUGCGAUGCCCGCGAUCGCCUGCAAGUCGUCGACAUCAAACUGUCGGAGAAGGAGAAGAAGGACUCGAAAUUUAGCAAUCGCAAUAAAUUACCCGUGGUUAUGUUGCCAUCAGCGGCCGGAGUGGCGUAUGUAGCCAAUGGCCUGCUCGAGAACGGAUACAUUCUGAAACGUAGUGCCAGCUGUGACUCGUACAGUAAAGGUCAGCCGUCCGCCGAAAUUUCGGAUGAUUACAAGGACAUCGAUCACAUAUACGACUAUGUGCGGGGUUUGGCUCCGCUGUCGAAAGCUUUGUCACGAUUUGAGCCCAUCAAUGAGACGCCAACGAUCAAGUCACACUACACCGAUAGCAGUGGCAACUAUUGUAGCCUGAUACGUGUCAAUCAGAAUUCAAAUGGCCAUAAUCAUCAUAACAGUAACAGCAAUAAUAAUAAUAACAACAACAACAACAGCUUGAAUAACAACAAUAGUUUAAAUAACAGCGGCAAUAACAAUACCAGCAGCAACAACAACUAUAGUAGCCUGGAAUCGAAUAAACACACCAAUACCAACAGCAGUCACAACAGCAGCAGCAAUCACAGUCAUCAUCAUUCGCACCAUCAUCACUUACCACCGGCUGCCGUUGGGCAUCAUCAGCAUCAGCAUUCGCACCAUCACCACCAGAAUCACUCCCAUAAUCAUGCUACUCCGCCACCACCCACAACCGGUGGUGGCCAUGUAGUCAAUCAUUACCAACAUAGUCAUGUCCAGGAGGACAUUAAGCCAGUGCCACCACCCAUAGAGACGAUACCGGGUAAAAAAUUACCAGAGAAACGACAAAGGCCUACACUACCAAAGCUUUACUUGAAGAAUACCCACAGUGCCGGCAGCAGCAGUGGAGGUGGUGGAAUGGGCGGCGUUGGCGUUGGUACUGCCAACACUAACACGAGCAGCUCCAAUGGCAGUCACCAUCAGCAACAGCAUCACCACCAUAACCAACUUCAUAGUCACCAGGCGUCGGCGUUGAAUACGCCUGGAUCCGCUGCCGUUGUGGCUGCAGUGGCUGCUCAUCACCAUACGCAUCAUCAUCCGCACAAUGGAUCAAAUGGUCGAGUCUUGACACCAAGCAAUCAUCACCACUCACCUCUAAAUGGCAAUGUGGCACCACUAAGCGCUGGUAUUCUGUCAAAGGAUUGUGGCUUGGAACCGCAGUCGCCAUUAUUUCAUAUUCGUUACAAAAGUCUAAGUAGUCUGCAAUUGACACCUGAUAGCACCUCCAUUUCACCGCCGAUCUCAACCAAUCCCAAAGGUCAAUCCAUAGUCGCACCACCCGAUCUAGUACUUAAAUGUAGUAGCAACAACAGCAACAACAACAAUUGCCAUCCAGCACCUCUACCGCUGAGUAAAAGUUCCAGUACCACUGGCGGUUUAACGGGCAUGCUGCACUCGCACCCACACAAUCCACGCGAAGGAACUCUCGAUUCAUCACGCAGUGGUGGACGCACUUCCGGUGACUCGAACAAACUGCCCGAAAAGAAGACGAGACGUCUUUCGAGGCCUCGUAGUUUAUCGAAUUUAGUCUGGGAUCUGAGGCCAUCCAAAGAAAAGUCCAAAAAGAAACUCUACAUCCAUCACUUUGACCACCGUCAACAGGCCACAUUGUAUUUGUAGCCAGCCAACAUUGGCUAAGUCGACUCAAGGAGCCUGGUAGUUUUCUUUUCUUAUUUUUAGUAAUCAUGACAGGCUUUAGAGUACAUUUACCCUGUUGUCGGCAAUCGGCCAGUCGUCGUAACCGCCUUCGCCGUCGCCGUCUCAUCCGCUUCUGACAUAUUAGAAAAACAAAGAUGUAUUUAAAGCCUACACCUACUCAUAGUUACAGAUAGAAAUAGUUUGAGACAUGCAACAGAUCCGCAUCUCACAACCCAUCAUCAUCAGUCCCAGCCUCACCAGCCAUCUUCUUCGUCUUUGCCAUCGCCAUCGUCAUCCUCAUCAACAUUCAGUCAUUGUAGCAUCCACAAGUAACCGCAUUUAAUUCUUCUCUCUCCAAUGUUGCCAUCAUUAACAGCUUCAGCAGCUUCAACUCCAACACCAUCGCCGCCAUCAGAAACAACAAAGUUGUUUAAGUGUUCGCAGAAAUGGAAUGGAAAGAAUUACUUCA